AUGCCCGAGAGUAAUCCAAUAGCACAAGGAUUGACCCUUUGCCCUGAUCCCACCACAUCACAUAAUGUUGUUGCAGUACCAUGCCCUUUUCUGAAUCCUGACUAUAAAGUUGAAAUCCUUAUGGAGUAUCCUUUCCACAUGGAGAAGCAGGAUGAUGGUGUACACUUUAAGCUUGAAUCCGGGGACACCCAAUACACCUUCAACGUUUUAGAGAAAGCAUCAUUUGAUGCCGACAACCUUCUUGUUGGUGGCAAAGAAUCUAGUAAAGAAAUAAUCAAUUUCAUGAACAACGAAUGGAAAUUGAUUUUGGAGACUUUCGGAAAAACCUUUUUCGACAAGGCUAUAGAAUAUUUGCAAAUCUACUUCAAUAAAUUCUUCGACGGUGUGGCCGCUCAACAUUUCAUUAAUGAAGACUUAUCAUCGUAUGUUAAACAG